AUGGCACCGAGAAAUCAUCCGAUUCCUUCACAAGCACAACCAACUGUAAACAAUCACCAUCAUAAUAAUAAUACUCUAAUAUCGUCGGGACAAAACAAUGUUAAACCCGUUGAGCAAACGGUACACGACGAAGUUUCCUCUGAGCAUAUGCAUGAUCGUUUAAUGUUUUUACUUGUAAACUUUAUUGGUAUGAAUGUUUUAGUAACAGUUAAAAAUGGGGCAAAAUAUCAAGGGUUAUUAAAAACGGCUAGUACGAAUGGAGAAUUAGGUGUUGUAUUAAAAAUGGCUCGUAAAGUGUUGACGAAAGCUGAAGAAAAGACUGUACAGAAUCGUGUUAUACCGACAUACAUUAUAAUGGCAAAAGACUUAAUGGAAAUUCAUGCAUGCGAGGUUGAUUUUUCUGCAUGCGAAAAAUUGUUGUCAGAGCGUGAAGGAUCAGGAGCUGUUUUUUUGACUGAUACAGAUAUCAGUGGUCGAGUAGAGGGUCGAUUAGAGUUUCGAGAACACUCAAACAAUGUGUCUUGGGAUCAGUUUGCAGUAAAUGAACAAUUAUUUGGUAUAAAGACAGAUUUUAACGAAGAAAUAUAUACUACAAAGUUAGACCGGUCAAGGGCUGAUUUUAAAGAACGGGAACGUCAAGCCAUCGCCAUAGCAAACGAAAUCACAAGGUCGUCUACAACAAAUGUUCACAUGCUCGAAGAACGUGGCAUUAUGAUAGAGGAAAGCCAAAUGGAUGAAGAAGACAAAUAUGGUGCGGUAGUUCGAAGUCGCGAUCCGAGCAAAUAUAUGCCGCCACAGCUACGAAAGUUACAAGAGCAACAAUUACAACAACAUACUGGACCAUCCCCUGUUGCCAAAAAAUCUGAGCCGAGCAAAGAACCUGCGAAAGAAGUGAUAAGUCCUGGGACAGAGACUAAACCCUUCCGUAUUCCCGAACCUGUUGCUGCUUUACUUAAUUCACACACGCCGAGGAAAACCGGUAUUGAUGCGGAGGGUAAACCUAUCGAAGCGCAAAUUGUCACGACAUUCAGGAAGUUUGCUACAAAUGAGAAAGAACGUUUACAACAAAGGAAGCAGGCAAUAGCUAGAAAGGAAAUGGAUGGAAAGAUGGCGGAAUUACUCAAGUGGGGUCAAAAUUUUAAGUUGAAUUCACCAUUGCCACAAGAUCUUAUUCCUAUAUUGACUAAAGAUGAGGUUAAACGACAACAACUUGCAGCUAAAUCUUCUCGAAAACCAGAAAUCAAAAUUGAAGAGGAUAAAUCUCAUAAAACAAACGGAGAUUCAACAGAAUCUAAGUCAGCAAAUGAUAAGAGUUCCGAUAAAUCUAUAUCUGCAGCUGAUAAAGCUCCGUUACAAUUUCCUCCUGGUCGUACGACUGCUACAACACCGACAAAUUCGCAAUUUAAACUUAAUGCAAAAGCAUCUGAAUGGAAACCUAAUCCUAAUGCGGCAAGUUUCACACCGAUUACUCCAAAUACGCAAGAUAAAAGGUCUCCAGGAUCUUCUCCAUUUUUCGGUAAUCGGCAGUUGAAGAAAAAUAUUGCUACACUCAGAGACGGAUUUACUCCUUUCCAAAAAAGUAAAAACGUAGCUAAUCCUAGUUCAAUACCGCCAACUUGGCCAUUUGGUCAAAGACCUUUCAGACAUCAUUUUUCCGUUACAAAUAAUUAUGAUGAAGAUAUGUAUUCACAAGCCGCCGUCACUCAAGGAUUUGGUUUUGCAGCAUAUCCUGUUACUGGACCAUACCGAUAUCCUCCAAACACACAAUUUGUUAGUGUUCCACCUAUUCCAAUUCAACAAGGCGCUCCUAUACCACCAUAUAUGCAACCAGGGCAAUUUGUCCCAGGCAUGCCUUUUACUACAGCACCUAUGCCUCCCACUGGCGCACCACCUAUGUAUAGUGCACAACUUCCUUCAGUGAUGCCACAACAUUUUGGUUCACAAGGGUUUCCAUCUCCUGGACGUACGCCAAUGGUACCCGCUACUAUCCAUCCACAAAUGUAUCAACCAUAUCAAAAUCCACAUGCCAUGGCACCCAUGAUACGAUAUCCACACGACAUGGUCCAACACGUUUCACCAAAUGGUGUGAUGAUUGGUCAGAGGCCUAUGAUGAUGGAACCACAUUACUUACAACCCGAAGCUGCACCGAUGGAAGGUAUGCCAGUUACAGAACCAACGACAAUAAAUCAAUAA